ACUGCCAGGGCAGAGCAGGACAGGAGGAAGAAGAGGAGGAGGAGGAGGAGGAAGAGGAAGAAAAAGUGGAUCAGAUCAACAGCUGCGGACUGGAAAUGCCCAUCAGGAUCUCCAGAUCUGAGUCUGUCACAUCCCGAGCCAAUCACAGCCUUCGUUAACAGCGGCGUCGGCACGCCAUUGGAGGAAGGAUGGCAACCAUGCCGUUUGUCAGCGAGGGGAAGUGUGUGAGCGUGGAGUGGGAUUUCCUACAAGGUCUACUUGCCAAGCCUCCCACCUUGCCCUGUCUCCAGAACCUGCGCAAAGAGAAAUCUCGCAAUGCGGCUCGUUCUCGGCGAGGGAAGGAGAAUUUCGAGUUCUUUGAGCUCGCCAAAAUGCUGCCACUGCCCGGGGCCAUCACCAGCCAGCUGGACAAGGCUUCGGUCAUCCGGCUGACCAUCAGCUACUUGCACAUGCGCACCUUCGCCAGCCAGGGGGACCCGCCGUGGAGCCCUCUGAUGGAAGGAGACAGCAACUGCAAAGUCAGACGAUCAUCUCAUUCUCUGGCCACUGACAUGUUUGAGCAGCACCUUGGGGCUCACCUCCUGCAGUCCCUAGAUGGCUUUGUGUUUGUGGUCAGUCAGGAGGGACGGUUCCUCUACAUCUCAGAGACAGUUUCAAUCUACCUGGGGCUCUCACAGGUGGAGCUGACCGGCAGCAGCGUGUUUGACUACAUCCACCCGGCGGAUCACGUGGAGAUGGCGGAGCGGCUGGGAAUCCGGCCGCACCUGCGGGCCGAGGCCGGCUGCCACACGGCCCCCGAGAGCGCCUCCAGCUCCGCGUCCGCCUCCUCCCUCGCCGGUACCCCUGAACCUGCCGCUCCAUCUAGUCCUCAUUCCUCCGCCGAUGAUCCCACGGAUCGUGGCUUCUUCAUCCGCAUGAAGUCCACGCUCACCAAGAGAGGCCUGCACGUCAAGUCUUCUGGAUACAAGGUAAGGGUGAUCCACGUGACGGGGCGAAUCCGCUGCCGCCCGGCGCUCGUCCCGGGCUCCGCGCACUCGGUCCGUCGGCCGAUGGGUCUGGUGGCGCUGGCCCACACGCUCCCGCCCUCCACGCUCAACGAAGUCCGCAUGGAGAGCCACAUGUUCGUCUUCCGAGUGAACAUGGACCUGCAGGUCACAUACUGCGAGAACAGGAUCUCGGAGUACAUGGAUCUGACCCCAGCAGAGGUAGUGGGACAUACCUGUUACCAUUUCAUCUACGUAGAAGACCUGGAAACCUUCCGGCAGAGCCAUGAGGAUUUACUGAGGAAAGGCCAGGUGGUGACGAAUUACUACCGCUGGCUGCAGAGGAGAGGAGGCUACCUGUGGAUCCAGUCCACCGCCACCGUCUCCAUCAACCACAAAGCCCCACACGAGCGCAACGUCAUCUGGGUCAACUAUGUCCUGAGUCGAACUGAGCUGCCCGACACUCCCCUGGAUCUGCUGCAGCUGCCCGAAAGCAUAAGAGCGGAGCGACUUCGAGUGAGCCCAUCCCCGACUGACAGCUCCCCACAGGCUCGAGGCUCCAAACCAGCCAAGAGCUCGGUGGGAAAGAGCGACUCUGACGCCAAAGGCAGGGAGAAAUUCAGCACCACCACCGGCCAGUCGGAGGACAGGAGGAAACGCCUGCUGAGGUCCGAGCCCGAGGGGGCGCCUCCCGAGAGCCGCCGCCGACUGGAGGAGCUCCGGCAGACGGAGGAGGCCGUGUCGGCCUCCUCGGACCUGGGGACGGAGAGCGAAGGGGAGGAGGAGGAGGCCGAGUGGGACGAGGGGGGAGACAGCGACAGACUGAAACAGGAAGACAGCGGAGGAGGAGGAGGAGGAAGCGCUCAGAGCAGAGGAGACGCCCCGGCCGGAGGGCAGAGGGUGGGGAAGGUGCACAACGGCCGGGCGGUGAUCCAGCAGCUGAAGAGCGUGGUGGCCCCGUCCCCCUUGCCCGGCAACUCCAGCAUCAAGACUGAACACGAGGCCCUGAGCGCUGCAGGGCACUGGGGAUCCCACACGCAAACCUCCACCUCCCACACACACACCUCUCAGCCCCCGCCGUCGCACACACACACACCUUCCAGCAGCCUGAACGGCGACAGCCCCACCACCCCCGUCCCCGACUCCUCUUCCAGCAGCGAGGCCCCACCCAAAGGCUUGUUCACCCCUCCCUCCCCCGCUCUGUCCCCGGCCUUGUCGGUGUCCUCCCCGCUGCCCCGAGAGGAGCGGGCCGUGUCGGGGGUGGUCAGCCGCAGCGGCGGCGGCGGCAUGGGUAACGGCCCCGACUUCGAGCUUCUCCAGAGACUGGCUGCAGGCGGCGCAGCGGGGAGGGUCCUCUUCCACCCCCUCGCCCUCGGCCCGCAGGGCCCUCAGAGCCUGUACGCCCCGAGCACUAUCCGCUACGCUCCGCCUGAGCUGCCGCCCUCCCACCACCACGGCGCGGGACACGGCGAUGGCCUCCAGCUACGCUCGGACCACCACAAGGGACCCCCACCGGCCUUUUUUCCGCACCUACAGCGGCUGGCCAGCCUGCCACCCUUCAGUGGUUUCUCCCCAUCUGACAGCCCCUUCUCCUCCGGCCUGCCUUUCUGUAUGAAUGGACUGAGGGGGGCUGCAGGCACGGAGGAGGACUGAGUCUCACAGGGGGAGGAGGUGAAAGGGGAGAAUAGAAAUGAAGAAGUGUGUGCAGACAGAGAGACACUGAAAAGGGCAAAAAGGACAAAAAUGGCAGGACAUUAAGCCUCUGAGGACGUUACUAAUUGGACAAUGAGCUGAAUAACUGCAAUCUAAAGUCUAUGACAAGUUGCUGUCAUGCGAAUUUACUGUGGACAAGUGACAGCGACUCCCAGCGAAAACGGGACAUAAUAACUUUUGACUGACUGUCCCUCAAGACGCUUCGUCUCCACAACAAUAAUGAACUCUACUGUGUGUCUUUCUCUAGAUGACUGUGUUGAUUUACGUGUCUCUUCCACUCAGAGAAGCCAUAUUGUAUAUAGAGACAGAACCAUGAAAACCCUCAGCUCACAUCCACAUUACCGUCACUCCAAUUAACCCAAUUAACCCUUAAAGCCGGUAAAAAAGGCAAAAAAAAAAGUAAAAAAAAAAAAAAAAAGAGAGAUGGACACUUGUUUGAAGGUAUGAAAGUGACUGUGGAGUAAAAAACAUUUUAUCGUUGCAGUAUUACACAAAUCUCCAACACUGAGCUCCAGGUGAGAAUUUGAUUAUAGGUUUAUUAAAAUAGAAGGAGACAGCCUUUUGCUAUUUUAUAUUAAGACUUAAAAAAAAUAAGAAUAGAUCAAAUUGAAGUAUCCAUCCGUCAGCCAUACUUAAAGCACACUGUUGGGACAAAAGUAUGAGUGAAAGAGUCCCAGACAUUCCAGUAUAUAUAAGGGAAGAAAAUGCAAUGCAGACAGGAUGUUAUUUCUGUUGUUUGAUUAUGGAAAGGAAAUUUGUUUAAAUAAGUGUUAAUUAUAGUAUAUUCUUUAUGAUGCUGCAGUUGUGUUUGUGUAUGAAAGCCAUAUUAUAAUUUUAAGGGUAUUAUUGAUUUUUUGGAAUAACCUCAAACAUAGAUGAAGGGGUUGGAUUGUGUCCGAACGGACGAAAUAACAUAGUUUUAUUGGAUGCACAACAUCAUCCAAUUACUUUUUUUAAUUUUCUAAAAAAAAAAAGAGAAAAAAAACAAAGAAGAUAUUUCUGAGAAUAUUUUAAGAGUGGGGAGGGAAACGGUGCUGGACGGAUGUGUUUUUGUCACCUGGACCUCUUUGUGUUUUUAUGAGCACUUACUGAAAUUUGUUCCGGCGUGGACUCGAAGCACUUGGUGGAUGUUUGAUCCUGUUAAAACAGAGAGCGGUGCAGCGGCGGCGGCUGAUAUUAUAGCCUGACCAUGGAGCAGCGGAGGAGGGUGUGGAGGGGAAAAAAAGGAGAAGAAGAAAAAAAAGGCUCAUUGGUUAAGACAGGUCAAUAAACAGACCACGUUCUGUCACUAAAAUAUGACCACUAGAGGUCAAUAAAACAACACAAGUACUCCGGUACCAGUUUCAGUUCAGUUCUGUCAACUGAAAAUAAAACCCUAAAUAGUGGAAGCAUAAAACACUUUAAAUCUCUCUUUCCUACUGAAUAUUUUCUACUUUGAAAUUAGCAAAGGUCUUAAAUGGGGUCCUCAAAAAAAAAAAAAAAAACAGAGAAUAUUCAUCCCAAAACAUAGCAAUUAAAAUCUGAGCGUGUGACCCUUUUCAAUAAAACACAAACAGGCACACUAUUAAGAACUAGGUCGAUUUUAACAAAGAAAAAAAAAUAUUAAAGGAUGUGUAAGCGUUUUUCUAGCACUUUGGAACAAAGUCUUUUAAACUGAUCUAUCAAAUAAGCGUAAACUUGUGUAAUCUGUUGAUGUUUUUGGCACCUUUUUUUUUUCUUCCUUUUUUCUGUUUUUGUUUUGUUAUUUUUGUCUUCUAAAUUCAGAUUGUACUUAACACUGUGAUCUGAGGGUUGGUUUAUGUGGAAACCUGAUGUUCAUGUUCUGAUGUCUGACAGGGGGAGGGGGGGAGAAAAAAAUAGAGAGGGUGGAAAAAAAUAAUAAUAAAAAAGAAAAAAAGUUCAGAUCUGGUGUGUGAAACGCACCCAAACUGUAACCGUCUCAUGCGAAAAACACUGUGUGUGUGUGCGUGCGAGCACACGCUUUCCUCGGAUGUUUACCGGUAUAAAAUGCAGUGUGAAUGCCCGACCGUGCGUCUGCUUGUGUGUGGGUGUCUUUUGCUUCGGUUUUCGUUGUCGUUGUCGUCGUCGAAUUAAACUGCUAACCCCUCGCUCAUCACUGUGAAUCUAACAUUAUCCUCCCAUCUUUGUGAAUACUCCGCCCAUCCAUCAAAUAAAAUGAACAAAUGUAAAAGUUUAAAAACAAAAAACAAAAAAAAAAACAAACGGUGAAACAAAUGAUGAUAAUAAAAUA